GCCCCGUAGGGCAACAAGGAUGGUUAGUUUUGACCCUAUUUAUUUGUGCCAUAAAACAAUCGAUCCUAAUUGACAGCUAUUUGGACUUUUACAUCUGCCAAACCCUUUUUCUUGAACUGUGGUCGCUAAAUGAGGGGAUCCUGGUCUGGGAAGUCCCAUCUAUUCCUUCAAUAGGAUGGGGAGUGGGGCUAGUGUCUCCAGCGAUCUCAAGAAUAGGAGGGAAUGUUGACCAGGGAGCACCGCUGCGGCCGAUCAGAGGAGCAGGAACUGGAGCCCUGGCCGAGUCCGAAAAAAGCCAGAUCUGGAAGGUGCCUGCGGAACGGUUUUAAGUGGAAGAUGGAGGAGCCGGAGGAACCGGCGGACAGUGGGCAGUCGCUGAUCCCGGUUUACAUCUAUAGUCCCGAGUAUGUCAGUAUGUGUGACUCCCUGGCCAAGAUCCCCAAACGGGCCAGUAUGGUACAUUCUUUGAUUGAAGCAUAUGCACUGCAUAAGCAAAUGAGGAUAGUUAAGCCCAAAGUGGCCUCCAUGGAGGAGAUGGCCACCUUCCACACUGAUGCUUAUCUGCAGCAUCUCCAGAAGGUCAGCCAAGAGGGCGAUGAUGAUCAUCCAGACUCCACAGAAUAUGGGCUAGGUUAUGACUGCCCAGCCACUGAAGGGAUAUUUGACUAUGCAGCAGCUGUAGGAGGGGCUACAAUCACAGCUGCCCAAUGCCUGAUCGACGGAAUGUGCAAAGUAGCAAUUAACUGGUCUGGAGGCUGGCAUCAUGCAAAGAAAGAUGAAGCAUCUGGUUUUUGUUAUCUCAAUGAUGCUGUCCUGGGAAUAUUACGAUUGCGACGGAAAUUUGAGCGUAUUCUCUACGUGGAUUUGGAUCUGCACCAUGGAGAUGGUGUAGAAGACGCUUUCAGUUUCACCUCCAAAGUCAUGACCGUGUCCCUGCACAAAUUCUCCCCGGGAUUUUUCCCAGGAACAGGUGACGUGUCUGAUGUUGGCCUAGGGAAGGGACGGUACUACAGUGUAAAUGUGCCCAUUCAGGAUGGCAUACAAGAUGAAAAAUAUUACCAGAUCUGUGAAAGUGUACUAAAGGAAGUAUACCAAGCCUUUAAUCCCAAAGCAGUGGUCUUACAGUUGGGAGCUGACACAAUAGCUGGGGAUCCCAUGUGCUCCUUUAACAUGACUCCAGUGGGAAUUGGCAAGUGUCUUAAGUACAUCCUUCAAUGGCAGUUGGCAACACUCAUUUUGGGAGGAGGAGGCUAUAACCUUGCCAAUACGGCUCGAUGCUGGACAUACUUGACCGGGGUCAUCCUAGGGAAAACACUAUCCUCUGAGAUCCCAGAUCAUGAGUUUUUCACAGCAUAUGGUCCUGAUUAUGUGCUGGAAAUCACGCCAAGCUGCCGGCCAGACCGCAAUGAGCCCCACCGAAUCCAGCAAAUCCUCAACUACAUCAAAGGCUCUAAAUCCUGGUAGAGCCACAGACAAAGAAUAGAAACAGGGGAACUAAGCAAGCCUUGAAGCUACUCGCUCACACCUCCAUAUGGGCAGAUAUGUGUAUGCCCUUGCUUCCCUGCACACAUACCCAGGCACAUAGCUCCAGAGAGUGGUGGCAUCUUGCUAUUGAGGAAAUGGAAAUGACAAGUGAGAGAAGACAUAAGAAAGGUAAUGCAAAGGAAAGAGAACGAGGAAAGGUAAGAACCCUAAAAGAGCAGAAAAUCAAACAGAGAUUUGAGAUAAAAGGCUGGGAUAAGGGUUGAUGAAAAAAAUAAUAGAUCUUAAAGGACAUGAAAAUUACAUGGAAGUCAAGCUUUUUAAAGAUCCUAACAGAUUAAAGCAAUAUUCUGAUUGUAACACAAUGAAAUCAAACUGGAAGAAAACAUAAGGACCAGGAAUUGGGUCCUACAAAAGCAACUACCUGCAUGCAAAUCCGGGCAACAUGGCUUAGCAGCAUUUUACUAAAAGAGAAUUAGGGAUUUGAGUCAACUCGGAGCUCAGUAUGAGUCACCAGGGCAAAGUGGCCUCCAGAGAUGCUAAUGCAGUAUCGACCUCAUUUUAAAGGGCUCUAGACAAAUAGGAGCAUGUUCCUGGAGGUCAGUCAGGCUGGGGAGAGGACUAGAGCCCAGGCUCCAAGAGGUCUGGUUGGAGGUGCUGGGACCUUUUGGAGAAGACUCGAGGAUGUGGUCUCUACUCCAUAUAUCUGUCACAGAGCAAAGGGCAUAGACAGAGUCUAUGUGGCCACAAGGCAUAGAGCUGGACCCAUGGAUGGAUAUUUUAUAAAGGCAGAUUUUCAUUCAAUAGAAGGAAGACAUUUUCUAACUAUUAGAACUAUCCAAAGUGGAACAGACUGCCCAGAAAGGCAUGAGGUCUCUGUCACUGGAGAUAUACAAAUAGAAGCUAGACAAUCCCUAGGCUGUCAUAUUGUAGAAGGGCCCCUGCCUUGGGGGAGGGUGAUUGGACUAAAUUGCUGUUAAGGCUCCUUCCAACCCUAAGAUUCUAGGAUGCUGUAUAUUACAAAGAGAAAAUAGAAAAAGAAAGAAUAUGGUGAGAGUGCAGGGGUUGGCAGAUGAGUCACAGUUGUUGGGUGUGGGGAGGUGAUGCCAUGUAUAAGAAAGAAUUGAUGCAGAGAAGAAGAGAAACUACAUGGCUAAGAGUGGGUGAGGAGGAGCCAGAGAGGGUAGACAGCAAGUGGAGUGGCUAUAGAAUACUAGCAAUGUUCAGACUUUCCGUUUAGCCAUCCCUUUCAUAUUGACAAAGUCUUGUUUUCUAGCCAUGCAAAUUUAGCAGAACACAGAAGCUCAGAACCGAAGAGAAAUUCAGCUAAACCUUUAAGAAACGAGGCUAGAAAGAAGUCCAAAUGUUGCUAAAAAUGGCUAGGCUAACCUGCUAUACUGAUACUGUGCCCCUCCAGCAUGGUGACGCAUGCUGCCAUCAGAUAGUGCGUUGCCAUGACAAUGGUCAGUGUGGAAAGGCUGCUGAAUUUUCUGAAUUCUGAAAAAUUUUCCUGAACCUGUCUACAAGACUGUUAUUUGUUCUUGCAUAUAAAAACCUCAGUGAAGCUGGCCAUUUCUCACUGUACCUCCCCUCCACCUCCCCUCACCCCAUGAAAAAUAAAGAGUAGGAUGUGACACAGAUUGCUUUGGGGAGGUAAGAUGGCAAUGAGGGAAUGAAUGGAUUCAGCUCCACUCUAUGUGAGGGAGUUCAGCCAGCAUAUCUGGUUGAAUUUGUUCAGCCUUUAAGCUUGGGCUUUUUCUCUUUCUUGCCACAUCCCUUAGAAGCACAAAAGAUGAGAUUGUAGCCUAUUGGAAAUCAAACCUGAGAAGAUUCAUCUUACAGAAAUGCGUUCCACAUGCCACAGGAUGACUGAAGGGACAGGCAAAUUUAGACCUCACCUUUCCCAGCUUUACUGCCCAUUAGUCUUUCUGAGAGGAAAAAAGACCCACAAAGCCAUGGAGAGUCCAUUCAAGCUGUUAGCUUCACACAGAGAAAAACUUCUCUCGUGCCAAUGAGCUAUCUUGAAGGCAUGUGUCGUUGUUCAUAAGAAAGUAUAGGUUAGAGAGCGGAUGGCUCUGUCCAGCUCAUGACUACUACUGUAAAAUCAUCCUUGCACCAUCUUGAUAUGCUUAAAGCUGGUUGCCUUUCCUCUGGUGAAUGUACUCCAGAGGAAUUGGCUCACGGUGAACCUUCCAGAGUUGGAAUAAUGCUGAUAUGAUUAAUCCUCAGGGAGGGCUAGUUCCUCAAGCCUGGCUAGCUCUGCAUGGGGAAAUGCAGAUAAAGGUAGGAGGCUUUCUAGUUUCUGGUACUCAUGACAUUCGAAUCAAGGGGAGGCCCCUAGGAGACUCAGAGCUCCACACUGCAGCCCAGGCCCAAUUCUCUUGGGGAGCAGGAGUGGGGGAGUUGUGCAUUUGUGAGAAUGCGUUACAGUUGCGACCCGAGGUUUCAACACUUGCUCUGUGUUCCCAGAACUAUUCCCCAGGUUUGACUGGGAGAGAAAAAGAAACAAACAAGGUCAGGAAGUAAGGAGGAGAAGGAGGGAAGGGGGAGGCAGAAGACACAAGGGAAAAAAAAAAGGCCUUGCAUGCAUCUGCCCUUUCUUUCCCUUAUUGAAGGAGCCGUAGGAUGGCAACCUAACAAACUGAUACGGGUGUGGACAGAAACAACACAGAUGAAAUAGGAAGAACAGCUACUAUUUAUCUUACAGAUAAGGGAACUGAGGCUCAGGGAGGAUAGGUGACUUGGCCAAGAUCGCCUUUAUUCAUCCAGCAAGUAAUUACUGAGCUCCUACUGUGUGCCACACACUGUGCUAAUAAGCAGUGGGCUGGACAUUGGAACCCAGGCCUGGAGUGGAGCUUCAGAGUCAGGCUGUUUGACCUUUAUUUCCCUCCUCUCCUUGGCAGCAUUGCUCUGUCAAAUCUACUCGUCAUCCUGUCUGCUCUUUCCAAUCGCCCCUAGUAAACCCUCCUACCUCACACUACAUGCCCAGCUCCUUCCAUGUGGCUAAUCCUAAACGCAUGAAGUCUCAUGACUCCCUGGAAAUGGGAAAAAGACAUUCUUGGGCAACCUUCGAAAUUCUGGCGCCAGACAUAGGCUUUCUAGCCCUCCCUAGGCCCCGCCCCUUCCCCCACCAUACUGUAAUCUGAAACUUCUAGCUCCCUUUCAAGAUGAGUAGAGAAGGAAAAGAGAUGGACAGAAGGUAGAAGAAGCCAGCUCACCCAGCUCCUACUGCCCGAAAUGUGCUGUAGCCACCAGACCCAGUCUGUCAUUUGCAGUUCCACAGCCCCAAUCUGAGACCCUUUGCACAUUUGCUGGUAAUAUUCUUAGGCGAACCAUUGUGCUGGGUAUAAGCAGCGCUUCCUCUGGCAGCCUGACAUCCGAGAUUGUCAUCCUUCUAGGGACUAGCAUUGGAGCUCAGGUUUGGGCAUAUUCAAUGCCUGCUGAAGCCCCAGGCUUAAAGCAGUGCUCCUGCAUGGUGGGACUCUAUACCAUGGAAACUUGGCUUCCUUCUACACUGUCUCUUACUUCUUGAGAAGCCAUGAGGAUAAGUUGAAAGGUAGGGUUGGUCCCAAGGAUAAACUGACCAUUUGCUUUAGGACUUCUUGGAAGGACUUUGGAGCAGGGUUUUGGAGGAUACCUGAGCCAAUUUGCAUGACUUCAGGUGAAAAUACCUGCGAUGUCCAUCCUUUAUCUCUCUUUCCUGUCCCCUGCUGGCUCUUUAUUCCUCUUCAUCUCCCUGUGGUCCUUUCCAGGAGUCUACCGCCAAGUUGGACUUCCUCAUCAAGCAGGUUCCUCUCUUUCUUGUUUCACUAAAGAGUUAAAGAGAUGGAAAGGCUUCUUGUCAUCAUUGUUAUUGUUGCUGUUGUUAAACAGAAAAAU